AUGGAGAGCGAUUUGGAAAAGGGUGUGUUGGAGUUGACUAGACCCGACGAGAGCCACGUCGCGCCGGAAAAGACGACUAGGAGGUUUUCAUUCUCGAGACCGCCGCCGCCGCCGCCGAAAGACGACCUACCGUCACGACCGCCAACAAGCUCGACAACCUCAACAACGUCGACCCAGCGGAAGAUCAAGUACGGAACAGGAAAGCACUCGCAGACGGAACUGAGUCCUCAGCCCACUGACGACCCUGACGAUCCCCUGAAUUGGCCACAGUGGAAGAAGGAGCUCAACUUCGUCGCAUUGAUGAUGACUGUUGGAUUAAUUGGUGGGAUGAAGACAGCUUAUAUGAGCGUCAACAGCGUCCUCGCGAUGAGAUUCAACGCCUCGUACACGGCAGUCACGUCCCUAACGGCUGUGCCGCUCGUCAUCUCGGCGUUUACGGGCCUAUUCGCGCUCAUGGCCUCCAAGGUCUGGGGCAAGAGGCCGGUCUACCUAGGAUCCAUGGUGCUCAUAUUCAUUGGUGCCGCGGCGAAUAUGAGCGGCGGCGACAGUUUCGGCACGUGCAUGGGGGCCCGCGUCUUCCAAGGCCUAGGCUGGGGAGCGUUCGACAGCCUCAUUCUCGGCUCGAUCCACGAUACUUACUUCGAACACGAGCGCAGCGUCCGCAUUACGGCCUUCAACGUCCUUUCCGUCGCGACGACCUGGGGCGGGCCGCUUCUAGGCGGCCUCGCGUCCCGGAACGCCGGACGGUUCACCGUGCAGUUUGACAUCAUCAACGCCUUCCAGCUCAUCGCCAUCCCGUUGCUCGUCUUCGGCGCGCCCGAGACGGCCUACGGACGGUGGUUCCCCGACGAUCGGGCGCAGACCCCCACGACCCCGGCAUCGUGGACGUCGAAGCCGCCGAAACCCCUCGGCAAGCCGUCCGUGGAGGAUAUCAAGGCGUAUCUCCGUACGAUGAAGCCCGUUUCCUUCUCCGGCACGCCAGACCUUCGCACACUCCUACAGGGACCCCGCGCCUUCAUCGCGCCGACGACGUUGCUGCUCGUCUUGGUGACGUUCAUUCCGUAUUGCACACUGUGGGGCCUAUCCGAGUCCCUCGCGCUCCUCUUCACCACGAUGCCAUGGAUGCUCGACGCUAACGGCGUCGGCUCGUUCAUGGCGGCGCCCUUUAUCCUCUUCAUCGCCACCGUCACGGGAUGCGCCCUCUACCGCAAGCGGCACGCCGACUACACCAACAUUGACACCGUCUGCAUCCUGGGCGGCGGCUCGGCUCUCGCUGCGACAGGCAUCCUCGCCUUCGGCUUGAACAUCCACGACAUCAUGACCGCGUCGUCAGCCGGAACGGGCGCCUUCCGCAUGGGUGGCAUCGGCACGACGCUCUCGUUCCCGCUGCUCUCGUUCCUGCUUGGGCUCCUGGCGGCGGGCGUGGCGGUCCUCGACGCGGCGAUCCGGCCCGUUAUCUGGCGCUCGACGCAGUUCACCUCGUCCAACCUCAACGUGUGCCUGCGCAACGUGGUCGACAUGGACGCCGGGGUGACGUGCUGGCGGAACCUGCUUGCGGGCGUGUUCGUCAUGGCGGUGCCCAACGCCAUCGUGGUGUGGGCGGGGCUCAAGGCGACCGUCGUCGGACUCGGGUCGACGCAGCUUGUCUUCGGGGCCAUCAUGUGCGGCGCCUGGUGGGUGUACGACGACUACGUCAAGGGGCUAGACGGCCGGGUGAUGGGGCUGGUGGACCUGAGCAUGCUGAAGCGGACGGGAAGCUUCUUCGACACGGACUGA